ACGUGCAUGAUCAUCAAUUCACCACCAGCUGCGUGCUGCUAUUUAUAACCCUCAGCUCGAUCCCGGCUGAACCACCGGCGGCCUCUCCAUCCAUCUUCUACUCCGGCCGGAACCCACACAAAGACCGCCACGAGCGUGCACAAGAUCGAGCACUUGGCAAUGGCAAUGGAAGCGGCGGCACCACGCCCACGUCUCACUCUCACCGCCGCCGUCGUCGUCGCGCUGAUCGCGGCGCUCCUCGUCCUCACCCACGGCGUCGGCGCCGUGACGCCGCCGCGUGCCAUAGGCGUCGCUAGGCGGCCCUGGGUGGCGCGCCUGCAGGCCCUCCACGACCUGUCGACCACCACCUCCCUCGACGGCGCCGGCGAGGAGCAGGGCGCCGGCGAGCAGCAGCAGGGCGGGUUCGCGGAGUGCUGGGCCGCGGUGAUGGGGCUGAGUUCGUGCUACAGCGAGAUCCUGCUCUUCUUCGUCAACGGCGAGUCCUACAUCGGCCCGGAGUGCUGCGUCGCCAUCCGCGGCGCCACGCGAUACUGCUGGCCCGCCAUGCUCGCCUCCGUCGGGUUCACCGCCGAGGAGGCCGACGUGCUGCGUGGAUUCUGCGACGGCGAGGAGGCCGCACACCACCUUGGCUCGCCGCCGCCCGUGCCCGCUCCCGGCCGGCCGGGGAGCCAGCAGGCUGACGUAAGGGAGUGACCGAGUGAGCAGCUAGCGAAGCACGCCGCCGGCCGGAGUUGAGGUCGAAUAAAGCUAGCUAGGCCGGAGGCGUGCGUGGUGUGCUAGGUGUUCUUGUACAAACACGGCACUGUAUAUACGUGCCAACCUGCUACAAAUAAAAUGAUUAUUGUUCAUAAAUCAUAA